AUGGGUACAGAUAACUGUGGAGUACUCUUUAAAAAUUUAAAAAGAGUAAUGAUUAUUGAUAACAACACUGAAAAUCGAGUUAAUAUAAUUGGUGUAAAGGGGGCAUACUAA